CAAAACGUAUCUAUCAGUUCGACGUCGACAAUCAAUAGGGUAAUAAUCGAUAUCCAUCCCUGAACAGUUGCCCUACUUCUGCUGGGGCUCUUGCUGUUUUGACUCCUCGCCUUCGUGUGCGCGUGCUCGUUGGAUUUUCUCACCUGACAGGUUUGACCAGGACACACCUGCAAGGACAAGAAGGAAGCUUUGUGUGCUCGAACGCCAUUCUUCACUUCAUCUUUGGACUCCGAGGCAGACGGACAACUUUUUAUUUUUCUCCAGAGAAAACCGUUUAUUUCUUCGUCUUUUAAUUGAAUUUCAUCAUGAAUUUUUGGAUUGUGCUCGUCCUCGCUGCCUUUGCGGCGGGGGCCUCAGCUCAGAGCUGUUCAUGUGAAACCUCGAAGUGGGCCGUCUGUGAUGGAACCCCAUGUACGUGCACGAUUCUGGUGGGUGACAACGUGAAACAAACGCUGGAUUGCACCAAAUUGAUCCCCAAAUGCUUCUUGAUGAAGGCUGAGAUGUACAGAGCUAAGAAGGGUCUGUCCACCCGUACUAAUAUUGGAGGAAAGCCAGACGAGACGGCCUUUGUGGACAACGAUGGCAUCUACGACCCAGACUGCGAAAACGACGGCAAGUUCAAGGCCAAGCAGUGCAACAACACAGAGGAGUGCUGGUGUGUCAACAGCGCUGGUGUUCGUCGUACUGACAAGGGAGACAAAAGUCUCGUGUGCGAGAAGCUCGUGGAGACCUACUGGGUUCGUCUUCAGCUGACACACAAGCCGGUGAACACACCAGUGGAUGCCAAGCAGUUGAAGAUUGCCCUUGCGGACGCCAUUCACAAGCGUUAUAAGAACUUCAACAAGGACCUGGUGAGGGACGUCGAGUAUGACCCUGAAGCCCGCUUGAUUGUUGUGGAUGUGAAAAAGGAAAAGGACAACCGCCAGCAUGACCUGACCCAGAUGGCCUACUACAUGGAGAAGGAUGUGAAGGUGCUCCCCAUGUUCAAGGACCAGGAGAAGUUUGAGCCGACUGUUGGCAGCCAGAAGCUGGAGAUGGAGAACAUCCUGGUGUACUAUGUGGAUGAGGAGGCCCCCACGUUCACCAUGAAGAACCUGUCUGGUGGCAUCAUCGCCGUCAUCGUUGUGGUGGUGCUGGCCGUCAUUGCUGGCCUGCUGGUCCUGUUCUUUGCCAAGAGGAGAGAGAGCCAGCGGUACAACAAAGCUCAGCAAAGGGAGAUGGAAGCCAUGUAAAGUGUUCAUCGCAGUCCUUCCAGAGUCGGCUUGUACGUCAUCUUUUUUGGAUUACCUUUAUUGCAGUGGGAGUGUGCCAUUUUCAUCAUUUAACUUGAGGAAUGGAUAUUUGUAAAGGAACAAUCAGCUUUUUUUUUUUUUUUUUUUGGUUUUACAUUGUUGGCACUGCUGGUACCGCUGUUUUUUUUUAUUUAUAUAUCAUGAAAUGCAAAAAUCCAAUCUGUAUGCCAUAAAGAACUGUGCUUUAUAAAACAUGUUUGCCACUUUUUAUGUUAGAACUUGAAAUUCCAUGUCAUAGAUUGUACAGUUUCUUUCUUACCAAUGUUUGUUUUGUUUGUUGGAGUGUUUUUAAUAAAAUAUUAUGAAAG